AUGCCUGUACGUGGGUUGUUCAAGCUGUUACUGCAGGUUACAUUCUUCAGUUCUUUUUCAUGUUUUACUAUUUCCAGAUCUACUGCUAUUCCAGCUGCAGACAAAGAAAACAUUACACUGAGUGUCAUUCUACCUUUUGGUGGAGACACAUGGUGCCAAGGUCACAACAUUCGUCCUGCAGUUGAAAUGGCAAGGGAUUCCAUCAACAAUAAUAGGACACGUUACCAGCUGUCAGUUAAGUACUUUGAUGGACAGUGCAACCUGGCUGAAGGAGUACGCUCUUUUAUGGAGAGCAUACUACUAGAAAGUGAAAAGCAACAGAUGGUUGGUUUUAUUGGUCCUGGUUGCUCUAGUUCAGCAAUACCAAUCAGUAAAUUGUCAACAAAACAUUAUCAUUUGAUCAGCCUUUCGUAUGGAGCUGAGGCUUCUGAAUUGGCAAGUAGCACAAACUAUCCUUACUUCUUGACAAUAGCACCACAAGCAAAGCACAUCCAGCGGGCUCAGUUGGAUUUCAUGAAAGCGAAUGAAUGGAAACGUUUCGCUGUUAUUGUCCAAAGUGAUUAUUUCGAAUUUUCAGUUGAGACUUUUUGGAAGGACAUAGCGGAUGAUACCUUUUUUGAUUCGAAAGAAGUAACACUGAUUAAUUCUUACCCUAGUGGUGAAAAGUGGAAUUCAAGUGCAGUUGUAAAACAGCUGAAAGACAAAGAUAUAAGAAUCAUCAUUGCAAAUGUGAUUGAGAGUGAUGCUCUUUCUUUAAUGUGUGAAGCCAAACACCAAGGUCUGACAAGAUGUUUAUCUGGCAAGGCUUAUGUGUGGGUGCUACCAGGUUGGUACGACUUUGAUUGGUAUAAGGGAGGCUCAUGUAGACAUGAAAUUAAUCUAACAAAUUGCACACCAGAGGACGUAAAAGAGGCCAUUGAUGGCUAUUUCGCGGUGAAAAACCAGUUUUACACUUCAGAACAAAACAGCAGCCUGAUUGCAGGUGGGAUGACAACAGUGGGCCAAUGGAAAUCUGAUUAUGUAUCAUAUCUGAAAAAAUAUGAGAAUGAACUGAAGGAAAAGAAAAAACUAAAAGAAGAAGAGGUGUUAGUUCGAGGAGACUAUGCUACAUACACAUAUGACGCUAUGAUAACAUGGGCCAUUGCUUUGGAUCAGUAUCUUGAAGAUGGGAAUAGACUCGAUUUUAUUAAUGUGGACAACGACAAAGCAAGUUUGAGACUAAAGGACAUUAUGUCUAAGGAAGUUCAGUUUCAUGGAAUAUCAGGGUAUGUUGAUUUUGAAAGCAACACUCGAAGAACAACUUUAUCUGUAAUAAGCCAGUUUGUAAAUGAUGACUUUAAAGACAUUGGUUAUUACAACAUUACCCCUCGACAUGUGCAAAUGAAUCCUCAUCAAAACAUUAACUGGGAUAAGUUUUGUGGGAAGAAAGUGCCAGAUGGGAGUCAGGCGUUUCAGACAUAUCAUUGUAACAGACUUGAUGCGCUUGCAGCAUGGCUAGACGGGUGUGCAUAUGCAGUUGCUCUGGUUUCUUCUGCAGCAUUUGCUGUUGUCUUUUUCAUCUUGAUCAUUCUAUUCAUGAUCUAUCGUAGAAAGUAUGCAUUAACCAAAAAGAGGAUGCUAGAAUUAGGGCUCUUUGAUCAUGGAAUGACACGACGGUCUACCUUGUUGUUUUUGGAUGAGUUUGAAAUUCCUCGAACCAAAUUGAAGUUAAAUCGUAAGCUGGGUGAAGGUUGCUUUGGAGCCGUGUAUGGAGGGGAAGGUGUUGGGGUAGUGGAUGGUGAGGACAGAACUCCAAUAGCAAUAAAGACACUCAGGCCAGAAGCAGAUGCCGAGGAAAAGUUAGUUUUUUUGGAAGAAGCUCAAACUAUGAAGCAGUUGAAGAACGACAACAUAGUGUCACUAUUGGGUGUCUGCACUAAGGAUGAACCUAUUUGUAUUGUGAUGGAGCUGAUGGUUUAUGGAGACUUGAAGUCAUACCUGUUGUCACACAGGCACAGUUUACAGUCAGAGGACUUGUACAACAUAGCAACUGAUGUUGUAAGAGGUGUCCAGUAUUUGCACUCAAGGCAGCUCAUUCACAGAGACAUUGCAUCAAGAAACUGUUUGGUGACAUUGAAUAGAUUAACAAAGCUAGGAGACUUUGGAAUGACACGAGAGGUUGGAGAUGGAACUGAUUACUACAGAUACAGCAAAAUGGGGCUCUUACCUAUUCGUUGGAUGGCACCUGAGUCAUUGUGCGAUGGUUUAUUCACUUUUGCGAGUGACGUGUGGAGUUUUGGUGUUCUUCUGUAUGAAAUCAUUACUAUGGGUGGCUUUCCAUAUCAAGGCUAUUCUAAUCAUGAGGUGGUGGAGAAAGUUCCUAAUGGUCUAAGAAUUGAUCUUCCCCCAUCAUGCCCAGCCGAAUUCUGUUCUCUUGUACACAAGUGCUGGUCUUCUGCAAAUUUGCGGGCAAGCCCAGAUGAUAUUGUCGUCAUCAUGCAGAAGACUGAUCAUUCACUUAUGUUCACGCCUUGCACAGAUGCCCAGCCAGAAAUAAUCAGUGCUACUGACACUACAGCUGGUUACAGCAAAGAAAGGUGGAUGCGUGGUUCAUCUUCACAGUCAAGGCGGAAAGGAAAAAAUGAUGCUCAUAAUAUAUACAAGCUGCCUUGGCAGUGGAAGUCUGCAGAGACGCUAGUUGCAAAAAGGAAAACUCUUCAACGCCCUCUAAGCAGCAGCAUUAGUCUUGAUCCUACCAGCUUCAGGCGUAACAGUUCAAAAUUUGCUAUGGCUGCAGCUGGCAGUCAAAGAGGUAUUAAUCGCUACUCAUCUCUUAGAGUGAGCUUUCAAGAAUCGAGACUGAAGAAAUGUGUCUCAGCUGAGACUACAGUUUAAUUUGAUGGCGGUGAUACUGAUUGAUGGGUGACCCAGAUAUAUGGUGAGGACUUCCUCCUUGUCAUUAGCAAUCGGUAGCAGUAACAGAGAUUUUCAACUACAAUGUCAUUCUUUAUCGCCUGAUGUUAAUGAAUUUACCCAACAAUAUGUCAAGACACAGUAUGUAGUGGAGGCAGCACUGUAUGUAGUUGUGUAUUCAAGGAGUAACACUCUUC